AGGAUGUCGACCAGCCGCAAACUAAAGGGUCAUGGCAUGAGGAGGGGCAAGAACCGGUCUCCCCACAAGGGAGUCAAGAGAGGUGGGAGUAAAAGAAAGUACCGGAGGAGCCUGAAGGGUAGGAAACGGGGCGAUGAUGCCAAUCGCAAUUACCGCUCACACUUGUGAGAUCAAGGACGGGCUCUGCCCAGGGGACAUCGAACACCGCCGGGCAGCAGUGAAGACCGCAGGGGGGGACUGCCAAGGCCACCUGGAGUUCAAUCAAAGCCAAUCGUGAAGAAAAUGAGGAAUGAAUAUGUUGGCUGUUUCUCCCCAACAUCUCAAUAAAAUUUUGGAAAUUGG